CUCCUCCGACGCCCGGCGGGAGUUCUGCCGGCAACCGCCAGGGGGCGGGCCCUUCUCCCUGGCCGGCCGCCUUUUUCUUUCUGCUGCCGCCACCUCAGCGUUGUGAGGAUGACGCCACCGACGAGCAAGUGAGGUCACAGACCGAGGCCCGGCCGCCCGCUGCGUCGCUGUGGGGGAUGCUGCGGGGAGGCCGAGCGGAGCCAUGGAGCUGGACGAAGCUUUCGGCUUGGUGGGGGAGUUCGGCCCCAGGCAGAGGCGCCUCACCGCUUUCCUGGUGCUGCUGCAGGUGUUCGUGGCCUUUCAGUCUAUGCUUAUUUUGAUAGUGGGAGCUGUGCCAGAAUAUCACAUCAAUGAGGAAGAGAUUCCAACAAGUUCAGAAGCUCUUGCAAAGAGUGUUCGAUUUGCUAAUAACUUCACAUCCAUAGCAACAGAGUGGUAUUUAAUCAAACAUGAAGCAUAUAAAGUGAGCCUGGCAUCGUCUUUGUAUUUUGCUGGCUUACUCAUUGGAAAUAUACUGUUUGGCCCAUUGUCAGAUAAACUGGGCAGGAAGCCUGUGUAUAUGUCAGGUCUCUUCUUCGAUGUUAUUUUUGGGUAUAUCUCAGCAUUUGCACCAAGCUAUGAAAUUUUUGCAAUGUCACGCUUUUUUGUUGGGAUUACAAAUGGUGGUAUGUCUUUAGUGUCUUUUGUUUUGACACAAGAAUAUGUAGGAAAAUCAUUCUGGGCAUUGACAGGCUCAUUAACAAAUGUGACAUUUGCAGUUGGCAUAGCAGUUUAUGCCUUAUUGGGUUAUUGCAUAAGAGACUGGCGCUUCCUGGCCUUCGUAUCAAAUUCUCCAGGACUUUUCUUUUUCCUUCUUUCUUUCAUGCUUCCAGAAUCACCAAGGUGGCUGUACACCCAAGGCAGAACUGCAGAAGCAGAGAAAGUUCUACAAUACAUAGCCCAUGGAAACGGAAAAGAAAGAGUGGCUGUGAAAUUGAAACAGUGUCCUGGAGCAGUGAAAAAGGAUGACUCAACAGCUGCUGUCUUAAAUCUAGUUCAACACCCUGUCCUUCGGUGGCGCACUGUCAUCUUAAUGUACAUCUGGUAUGUGUGCAGCCUUGUAUAUUAUGGCUUAACACUGAAUGCCGGUGAAUUAGGAGGGAAUCUGUAUCUUAAUGUUGCUCUUUAUGGCCUUGUCGAAGUUCCAGCAUUUCCACUCUGUAUGUUCUUCAUUGAGAAACCUUGGUCAGGAAGACGUAAAAGUACAACUGCUUUUUUGAUAUUUGCCGGUUUUGCUUGUAUGUUUACCAUGUUUGUACCAGAGAAUACUGGUGAAUUUUUCAUCAGUCCCAGUCUCUUAGCCUUAUACGGAAAAUUUACCGUGAGUGCUGCCUUCAACAUCAUAUAUAUUUAUACUUCAGAACUCUAUCCAACAGUAGUAAGAAAUGCUGGCUUAGGAGUCUGUUCGAUGACUUGCCGAAUGGGUGGCAUUUUGGCUCCAUUUGUUCCCUCUAUGAAAUCUCUUGGUCCAUCGGUACCAUUUAUGAUCUUUGGCAUCAGUGGGUUGUCCGCCGGUUUCCUGACUCUUCUGCUUCCAGAAACUCUUAACAAACCCAUUGCGGAGACUAUGGAAGACUUGCAGACUCCUGUCUACCAAACGCUUAAAAACAAAAAGGCAGAGUAAAUCUGUUAGAAGAAAAGAGUUAACAUUUCAAAAAACGUUGUGAAGCGCCUUCUGGUGUGAUGUUUUCUGUGCUGAGGUGUGGCACCAUCAAGAUAAUCACACUGCAAUGCUCAAAGUUUUGUAUGAUUUAUAAUAUGUUCAGUUAUUUAUUUUUAUCCAGACAUUAGUGGUGAAUACGGAAAUAAGGAAACUUCUAAGGAAAAAUUAAGUGGUCAAAUUGUUAACUUGAAAUACUGGACUGUUGUUAAGAAUGCAGUAGCUGCAUAAAAUUCAAAGGAAAGAAUCCCAGAUUGAUUGGAUGUCAGCAUUUUGGUUUAGCUUUUUAAAUUGUAAUCUUAAACACACUGUUAUGCAUAAAAUAUCAAUGUUUCUGCAUCUGUGUUUAGGCUUAUUUAUAUGGAUUUAGGAUUCUGCUUUGUCACAUACCUUCCGAUUGGAAGACUGCACAACAACCUGGAAUAUCUAGACAUGUUUUGGUUCUGACAUUUUACAUAUGCUGUGCAAUUCCAGUUCAUGCUUUGUAAUGAACGUUCCACUAUUUAUAAAGACCAAAGAUGCCUUUUGCUACUAUUUCUAUUACCUUGCAGCAAUUUGAUUUAUCUGAAGUAUGGAAACAGUGUCAUUUGUUUGCAUAUGUAGCAGUGCACAUGUGCUGCAGAAAACAGGUAAAUGCUGAAGAAGCUAUUGUGGGUUUCAUUUGAAACAGGUACUGAUUUGAGUUAUAUUUGAAUCCAGUAUUGCUGCAAAUCACUGCACAAACUAGCUUUAUAAGCUAAUGAGAGGAGUGUUUUGUACAGCAUGCCGUCCCCAUGCUAAUGGAUUCUUUUCCUCACCGGACCCUUUAUUUAUAUGGAGAAUCCUGAAAGUUAAAAAUAAUAUUUUGACAAGCUGGUAUUAUAUAGGCCAGCAUCCUGCAAUGUGUGAUAGCUAAGCAGACUUCUGUCAGCCUGUUCAAUCAUGUUGAUGUCUGGCAAAGUUUCAACUGACUCAGCUCUACAUUUAUAGUUUGUGGUUUUAAGGUCAGCUUUUGAAAGUUAUAUACAGCUAAAAAGCCAAAAUCUUUAAGUGAUUGCCACUUGUUAUUAAUUGAUUAUCCCAGUUCUCCCAUCAGUAAUAAACUGGGCAGAGACCAGUUUUUUUUUCUUUUAUGCAUUCCAUUUUAGCUUUAGAUCACAGUCAGCUGUUCUGAAGCGUCUUCUGGCACUCCCUCGCUUUCCUUUAUUGGUCAUGUCAAAGUAGUUGAAAAAGAUGAAGACCAAUUUUAUGUGGAGUUUUACAUCCUUGUACUAUAAUAAAAAUUAUUAUGGAAAGCUUUAUAAGUCUAUAUUUUUAUAAUAAAAAUGCAACAUAAAGUUCUGGUUGUGGAAGAGUGAGAUGCAAAGGUAAUUCUCUCAGGACACGCUGCCAUAUCAUGAAAUGAUUCGUACCUUAGAUAUGUAAUGUAUCUUUAUAGAGGCUGUUUUGUCUGCCUUUUGUUCCCCGUGGUGUAAAAGAUGGAUAAUAAACAACAAUUUCCAUUUAAA